AUGAUGGACAAAGAUAAGAGAGUUAAGGAUCUGGUAUUGCCUAGUAUGUUGGAGUACAAGGUGAUGGAGGAUUUCAGGCGCACACUGUCAAAACGACCAUACGAAUAUUUGGAAGAUGGGAACUACGACGUGUAUUUGAAGGAUACUAAAAAGCAGAAGGAUGAGAAGGAGCCAUACGUAUCAGUGCACAGAAAGGAGCUAAUUAAGAUAUACUCAGACAUUUUGACACUGAUUAAACAUAAACAGAAGCAUAUAAACUCACAACUCGUUAACCCGAAGUUCGAUAUUGCAAGACAUAACUUUAUUUGCAUUUGCAAAAAUUCAGUCAAGUUCCAUGACUACUAUUUGAAGUCUGGAUCUCCACCACGCAGUGUGUCUGAACUCAAAUCUAAACCUGAAAAAAUGCCUAAAGUUCCAGAGGAAAAGCCGGCAGUUAAGCCCAAACCCGAAACUCCAGAGUUAAAUGAGACUAAUUAUGAAAAGGCAUAUUUGGUAUCAACAUCGAGGACUGACGAGAGCCAACAAGAUGAUUACUACUCGCGUUUAGAUACCUACUUCAGCCUUAAAUCAAAGGAACACACAUCGCCAUCGACUGAAAGGGUUAAAUCGACCAAAUUAGUGGAUAAGAGUGGUAAGGGAGUAACAUUUGCAGGAGUUGGCAGUGUGCAAAAAACUAGUUCAUUUGUAGAUCCUGUGAAAAAAGCUGAUUCACUUGUUGAAAGUUUGCAAAAAAGUGAAACGUUUUCCUCAGAAUCAUAUCCUGAGUCAAUGGAACGCAAAGAUACGUAUAAAGUCGAAGAUUUGAUGCAACUCCCAUCACUGAAUAUUGAGGCUUUGCACCCUUCAGAGUCUCGAGAGAGUUCAGUGGAAUCAGUUAAGGUAAGGCCAAAACCAAGAGAAAGGAAAGUAAAAGAUGUGAAAACUGGAGAUAAACAAGUUGAACAAACUGUUUAUGGAGUUGAUGAAAAAGUAGAUAAAGAAGGUGAACUGGACUUCCAAAAGAGUUCAUUGUUGAAUAACCAGGAGGCUGAGAUGAGGAACGACUUGUUGCACUUGUUUGAGAGUGUGGGAGUCCUUUCAGACUUGCCAAGGGAAAGAUUGCUUGAGUUGAGUUCUCACUUUAAGUUGAGGUCAUUUUUUGCAAAAACAAGUAUAAUUCUGGCAGGAGAAUACCCGAAGGAGUUUUACAUAGUAGCAUCAGGUACAGUGUCGAGUUAUGCUUAUGACCCAACUGACACUGAGGACACUUACAGGAGAACAUAUCUUAGUUCAGACUACUUUGGAGAGUCGUUCAUCAUCGAUGAUGUUCCGAGUGACGAGUUCUACGUGGCAGACACACACGUCACACUCCAGGCGAUGAACUCUAAACUUUUCAGAACACUGUUGGCAGACCAGUUUAACGCCUUCAAGUGUAGAUUAAAUGAGCUUAAGCACUAUGCCAGUUAUGGAGCACACAGACUUGGAACAGGGAAGUUUCUCAGUACCAGGUUUGGAACUGCUAGAUUGGGAACCGGGAAAUUUGGUAAUGUUAAGGUUGGAACUGUUAGAUUGGGGACUAAAAUUGGAACAAAUCUUAAUUUGGAUAGGUUUAUGACAGAUGAGAAGGAAGUUAAGGCAUACACAGUUUUGGGAAAGGAGUUACUUGGGUUUAUGAAGAGUUUCUACUUUUUUGCAAAGUAUGAGCAGAUGAAUAAGUUGGCUAAAAAGGUAACGUACCAGGAGUACUCUAACAAGGAGAUUUUAGAAGAUGUGGCUAAGGGUAGUGGCUUGUUUUUGAUAUUCAAGGGUAGAAUAUCCCUGCAAAUCUACGAACAAAGUUAUAAUAGACAACUGGAACUUGUAUCCUUUGCACCAAACUCGUACUUUUUCAAUUUCAGACCUAAUAGUGAAACUGUAGCCAACAUACUAGACAGGAAGUCUUUAGUUGUAACUGAAAAUGUAAAACUGCUGUAUUUGGCUCAAAAGUAUGUACAAAAGUGCUUAUCAGAAUCCUUACCGCAAAUGACAACGUACCUUGAAAAUCUGUACAAAUCAAGGUAUAUCCACAUUGCUACCGUUGGUGAUAAAGUUACGAGUAGCACCAGUAGUGAUGAGGAUAGUGAAGAUUCAGUUGAUGAUAUAGUUCCUGACAAAACUGCUUCCUCAUCAGAAGGCACUGAAUCAUCUAGUGAUGAUUCGCCCAGUUUAUCUGAGUCUCCUGUUGCCCCUAAGGAUUUGUCAGAUUCUCCAGAACCUUCUAAGGAUUCUUCUGGAACUAUUAAUGACACUGAACCUACGCCUGAGGAUAGCAUUGAAAGUAUAAAGGAAUCAACUGACAGUGUCAAGUGUAGUGAACAAACUGUUGAGGAUAGUGAAAGUGUCAAAGAAAGCGAGCCUGUCCCUGAUGAUAGCAGUGAAACUAUAAAAGAAUCUACAGACAGUGUUAAAGACACCGACCCUAUCAUUGAGGAUACUAUAAUUGAGGAUAGCGAGAGUGUUAAGGAUUCAGAACAAACCCUUGAGGACAGUGAAAGUCUUAAGGGUAGUGAACAAAGUCCGGAAAGUGCUUCUGAAGAUGGUCUGAUCGUCUCAAGACGGUCUUUUGAAUAUCCUGCCGAUGUUUCAAUUCGUGGGUCAACCUACAGAAGUGAAAAACUCGAUAGUUCAAGAACUGGCUCCAAUUUACAGAGCAGACGUGAUAGUUCUAGAAGUGUUUCAACCCUGGAAAAUAAGCUUGAUAGUUCAAGAAGUAGUAAACUCGAGUCUAAGGAGUCGUCAAGGUCGAGAUUAUCGGGUGGCUCAUUACUCAACAGGACUGUUUCCAGAAGAUCAUUUGAGGAUCCAGCUGAAGUUUCAAUUAGAGGUUCGACAUAUAGAAGCGAGACCCUUGAUAGUUCCAGGACAAGUUUGGCAAGUGGUGCAUCAGUUCUCAAUAAAAUUGUAUCCAGAAGGUCAUUUGACGAUCCAGUGGACGUUUCAAUUCGUGGAUCAACUUACAGAAGUGAAAAACUAGAUAGUUCAAGGACUGUCUCAAGCUUACAAACUAAACCUUCUCCCGUUCCGGAUCUCGAACGUAUAGUAUCAAGACGUUCAUUUGAGGAUGCUGUUGACGUUUCCAUACGUGGUUCCACAUUUAGGAGCGAGAGGCCCGACAGUUCUAGAAGUGGCUCUAGUUUGCAAAAUAAGCUUGACAGCUCUAGAUCUAACCUUACAAGUGGUUCAUCGGUGCUUAACAAAAUUGUCUCUAGAAGGUCUUUUGAAGACCCUGUUGAUGUUUCAAUUAGAGGUUCUACGUACAGAAGUGAUACACUAGAUAGCUCAAGAACCAGUUCAAGCCUGGAAAAUAAACUUGAUAGUUCAAGGAGUAGUAAAUUAGGGCCUAAGGAAUCAGCAAGAUCAAGUUUAAGCAGCGGUAGUGAACGUUUUGUGGAUAAAAUAAUGAGGAAAAUGGAAUCAUAUAAAUCACUAAUCUACUCAUCCGAUACACCAAAAACCACAAGUAAAGAUGAAAGCGCUAGAGAUUUAACUGAUGGUAGUGUUAAAGAAAGUGUUAAGGAUGAGUUGGAUUAUGAAAUGAUCAGGAAAAACACAUUAAUGGCAUCACACAUGUUGAUUUCGGAUACUGAGCUUACGUCAAGAACAUCUUCUAACGAUAAACCUGAGUCAUCAGAACACGUAGUAUCUGAUCAAGUUUCAUCAUCAAGAGCUUCUUCUGGAAGGCGCUUGUCCAAAACUUUUUCAUCGGGGCAAGUUGAGCCAGUUGUGAACAUUAGUGAACAAGUAGUUAAGAGUUUGGAAACAUUUGUCUCAGAUGAGAAUAAUAGAGAGAGGGAUAACAAUUUGUUUGACAGCAUAAAGGAAAGUGACGCUAGCAGCGUAGCAAGUGAAGUUAAGUUCAUAUUUAACAUUCCAAAUUUGGAGGAUGUGAAUGUACCGAAACUGAAGCUUGAGACUCAAGAUGUUGGUGAGAAGUUGGAUAGCUCAAGAGUUGAUGGUAACGAUAACUUUGUAAGUAUAAAAACACUACCAAUGUAUAAUAAUUUGAAGCCUGAUAUUGGUAAGGAGCGUGAAAUUAAGUAUGUUGACCACCAUAGCCUGGAUGAAGCUGUAGAGGCCUCUGAGAACAUGUUUGAGGAUGAAAAGCAACAAAUGUCAGAUAAGAUAGUUCACAGACAAACCUCUUCGUCAUUUUUGCUAACCUCAAAUUCUAUCAACUACGGAGAUGCCUCAGCAGAAAAAAUUGCGAGAUUGGAAGCACUGGAUCAGUUGAUAAGUAAAAAUUACCCCUCUGUCCAAGAAUCUAUUAACACCGUAGUAGAAGUUAUACGAUUAAGGUCUCUUAAUACACAGUCUUCCAUUACACCGCCGGUUCUUACACCCUCAGUUCAUUCAGUUGAUAAUGACAUGGAAGUGGAAAAGGAGGAUCAAUUACAGACUGAUAUGUCUGAAAAGGUUGAAAAAUUGGAUGAGUUUGGGACAAAAUCACCAUCACUUGACAUUAGUGAGAUACCAGACCUUAAAAAAAUAUUGUCAAAAGUCCACGAAAUGUACGUUGGCAAAGACGACAAAGAACAGUCACUAAGUGGAUCCCGGUUCUCAUCAAUAGACGAUGUAUAUAUACACUUGGACAAAAUUGAAAAAUUAUAUUCCAAAUCAUACACCACUGAGAUGGAUCGCACUGAGCCUAAAGUUGAUGAUGUUCCUAAACCCCAACUUGACGUUGGUGAACCUGUGGGUAGUAUGGGUACUAUGGAUAGUGUUUAUGGACUUGACAGUAUGUAUAAAUCUAGGGAUGAUGUCGAGGUUGAAAAGGUUACUGAAGAUCCUGAAAUUGAUGUUCCUGAGCUUGAACUUGUUGAUGAAACUAUGGGUAGUAUGGAUAGUGGUGUGUAUGGGUUGGAUACCAUGUACAAGUCCAACGAUAGUAUGUUUGAAUUGGAAACAUUGUAUAAACAAACUUCAAAUGUGGUUAACAAAUCCCUAUCUGAUGAAAUUUACGAUACUGACAAAGACGAAGUUUUAGAGCAAACUGAACCUCAAGAUACCCUACUCAACACCAUCAGCAAAUCAUUUGAUACGAUAACCCAGGAAUUGACAGUGGAUAAUAUAACCAAGAAAUUAUCAAUGGAUAGUAUAACUGAUAAAUUAAGUUUGGAUAACUUAACAGAAGGAAUGUCAAUUGAUGAUUUAAGUAAGAAAUUCACAAUGGAUAGCAUAGCUGGAAAAUUAUCUGUUGAUGGUAUAACUGAGAAACUGUCUGUAGAUGGAAUAACUGAGAAGUUUGAAGGAAUAACAUUGGAUAACCUGAGUAGAGAGAUAAGUAACAUUGGUGAAGAGAUUACAGGAAUGCUUUCGUCUAAAUCAAGUGUGAGAAGUGGUUUAGGGCCUGAGGAAUUGGCUAAGGAUGAAGAAGUUGAAGAAAAACAGGAACCGAGUGUGUUUGAAUCUUCAAAAUUAAUGAUCAGUAGCAUUUUCGAUAAUAUUACAAUUUACCCAUCAAAAACCCAGACACCAACUGAAUCAUCUGAUCAGACACAAGUGGAACAAAAAGAAGAACAGUAUCAACAAAAUCAACAAGAUGAGGAAUAUGGUGUAGUGGAGUUGAGUGAGAACAAUGUAUUUAUUGACAAGUAUAAUUUGGUGAGGAGAAUAAGCUUGGAUUCAUCGUCAUCAUAUGUUAGCUCGACGAGUAGUACGGAAAGAACCACUUCAGAUAGUGGGGGCCAAACUCUUGAAAAUUCAUCUGGAGAAUACACACAGCCAAACCAGUCAAUUGAAUACAGUGAUGGUUCCAGCCUUUUGAACUUCCCAGCAGCCCAAGUCAUUGACUCCACUGAUAGUGUUAAUCUUGAUAGUGCUAGUUUAGAUAGUGGAACAGUGGAUACAAGUGCUAUGGAUAUGGAUCAUAGCGUGUUAGACAACAGUGUCACCGUGGACAAUAGUGCAAUGGAUAUGGAUAACAGUCCUAAGGAUAGUGCUGAUGUGAGUUAUUUGACCAGUGAUAAAGGGUUACACUCGAGUGUUGAGUCGUUUGGAACUGAUGAUUUCUCUGAGUCAGUACACUCAACAGAUUCCUCAGCCUCAGUAACAAUGGAUAACAGUGUUACCUUAGAUAACAGUGUGACUGCUGACAAUAGUGUUACAAUGAAGGAAAGUUCGGAGUCAAGUGAAUUGUCAGAAUCUGAACUGACAAGCUCGUUAAGCAGUAGAAGCGACGUUGACAAGGGCACAAAUACCGUAAGUCUUAGUGAGGAUACUCACUCUCUCUGUUCAUCAUUAAAUACAACUACUGACACCUCAACAACUAGCAUUAAUUCCUCAGAUAAUACUACAAUAACGGAUAGCUCUAAUACCAGUUUGACUGAGAGUGUGAGUAUGAGCGAUUCAGUUGACACUAGUUUAACUGAAAGUUCGAGCAGUAGACGAACGAGCAUGGAUAGUGAUUUCCAAGACGGCACUGGACUUAAUAAUCAGUCGCCAUUUUCUGGAUUAUCCGAUAACUCCUCUAUUGUUUAUAGUAAACAGUUUUCUGACUUCAAUGAAUCACAAUCUGAUCAACAAGACUUAGAACAGCAUGAUUGUUUGGGGGACCAAAAUGUAGAACAAGAUAAAUUUAGAGUUGAGGUAGAUUCACAAAGACAAAAUUUGGAACAAGAUAACUUCAAAGGUGAUUUAGAUUUAGAAAGCCAAAACUUCAGACACCUUGAAUCUGAUUUAGAGAACCAGAAUUUUGGAAAUUUUCAAAGAGAUUUAGAAAAACAAGAUUACUCUAAAGAUAAAGUGAAUUCUGAUGAAUUUGAGGGUGAUUAUGAUGACCAAAAAUAUGAAGAUGAGGGAAUGGAUGAAGAAUACGUUGAUACAGAUGAAACAGUAGAUUCAUAUGAAGAAGAGGAAGAGGAAUACGAUGAGGAGAUGAUAUUGAACAUAAAGAAUUUAUUCAUGUCAACAUUAAAGAAUAAGUACAAGUCAAUAGGAGCCUCAUUUAAUGCAAUGGACCUAGAAUGUACAGGAAUGGUAACUUGUGAAGUGUUCUUGAGUUUCAUUGAGAAGUUAGGAAUUGGAGCAAUAGAUCACAGAGAACAGAACCUGAUGUUUGAACUGUUGAAGGAGGAUGGGAAAGACUACAUAACAGUUGCCUCGUUUUACAGGUUCAGUGGGGAAUGUGUUACCACAUUACCUGAGUUGAAUCAGCACUUUAUAUCUAUUUUUGGAAGCAGUAGAAUGGCAUUUGAGCGUUUUUUCACAACCCUAACCAAGGCAACGAUGUGCUCAAGAGUUGAUUUUGUUCUCAUUUUGACUCAGGUUGGCAUACCUGAAAAGGAUGCAAAUAUUUUGUUUGAUGCUGUUGACGUUUGCGAGAAAGAUUCUGUGUCAGUUUUCACAAUCCUAAAGAUUUUAGUAGGGGAUUGGGAUGCAGUAACUGCUUUCGAGUAUGAAGAAAAGAUUAACACCAACUUUAAUAGACUGCUGACAUAUCUCUCACCUGAGACUGAUAACUUUAACAGUGAAUUCACAAGAACACUCUCAAGUCAGUUUUUCGAACAGGGACUCGACUGCUCACUGGUAAAUGACUCUUACGAAGAGUUUUACAUUGACAGAGAAUUGUUUUACUUUGACGAACUUUACUCUUUGAUCUCCUCUAAACCUGAGUUUAAACAGGUAUCAUUGCCACAAAAGAGGUUUAUCAUUUCACUCUUCAACAUAAUAACAUUUGGGCCAAGCGCAGCCAGUUCAGAAUCAGAUGAAGACUCCAAUCCACCAGAAGAAUUCGCUGGGGAAGAUAAGAUGGAACAUGUGGAUUUAAUAUGUAGUAAUGAGUAUGAUGUGCCAUUGAUAGCAUUGAUAAGUGGUAGUGCAGAUAUGAGUUUUGAAGGUAUAACUUACCCUAAACACGUUAAGUUUAAUGGCCCUUCAUUCCCAAAUUAUGAACAGUUUAUACAAUCAGCACAUGUUUACACAAGUCCAGAGCCCAUUCCAACUAAUAAAACGCCGUGUAACUAUAACAUUACAGUUGCAAACCCACAAAGUAAAGCACAAGGUAGGGAGAAUGUUGUUGGAAUAAUGCCAUUAACGAGUUUCAUAUACAAUGUUAUACCACUGUUAAAUGAGAGAAGUAGAAGAGUUCCUGUCAUGUUCCAGUUUUUGAAAACUGUAUCUAGUUUCGGUGUUUAUACUGACGAGGAGUUGGAUACUAUAGUGGCAGCUUGUACGGUCAGGCAGUUUAAGCUUCACGAGACUGUGAUUAAAACUGGUGAAGUUCCAACGCACUUUUACCUCAUCUUCAAUGGCUCAGUAACUAUUACAAACGAGUUUAACUUCCAAUUCAAAACUGUAUCCAAGGGUAACUUCUUCUCCACCUUCGAUAUUGUCAAUAAUCAACUUAACACCUUCACAGUCUACGCAAACUGCACCUUGGUGCUUCUAAGUUGGGAACGUAGUGAGUUCUUCAGGGUAUUUACAAAGUACUACACACUUCUCGAUCACGACUCCUGCAAUAUGGAUGACUUUCAGAUCCAGGUUUCUCAAAAAAGCAUUGAUAAAAAAGUCUCAUUUGCUGAGACACCUUAA